AUUUAAAUAUCGAAGAAAGUUAUAACCUGAAAACUGGAAUUACGGAAGAAUUUUCUGACCUGGAUGUUGAAGAGUAUGAUGAAUCAUGGUUUAAUGAAGAUUCAGAUCCAAAUAUAAGCGAUGUUAGCGAAAAUCAAGAUUUGCAAGAAAUUGUAUUUUUUACAAAAAAAUUGCAUGUAAAUCAAAUUAUUCAUACUGCAUUACCUGUGGAAUAUCCUGUGACCUCUGAAGAUGGACUUACAACCAUUUAUAAUGUUAGUGGUUGGGACAAUUAUAUGGAUGCGUUUAAUAAUAUAAGUUUUUUUUAA